AUGGAUAUUUGUCGUUUGUUCGAUGUUCCACUCAGCCUACGGAAGAAAUGCUUUGGUUACAGAUGGCAAGUACUGUGCAUCGUUUGUUGCGUGAACUGGGUAGAUAAUGUGACUGGACAAGCACGGUAUUCUAUCCCAGAGGAAAUGAGCGAGGGAUCUUUUGUCGGUAAUAUUGCGAAGGACUUGGGUUUGGAGGUCAUUCGGCUUGUUACUGGUAAAGCUCGCAUUGUAACAAAGGGGAGUUGUCAGUAUGUUGAUCUCAACAGAGACAAAUGCACUCUAGUUGUUAAAGAGAGAAUAGACAGAGAGGAGCUCUGCAAGCAGACUACGCCUUGCAGCUUUAGUUUUGAGGUUAUAAUCGAAAAUCCCAUCCAAUUGUAUCGAAUAACAGUCGAGGUCCGGGAUAUAAACGACAAUGCCCCUUCCUUUCAGAGAGAUAGUGUUAACCUGGAAAUUAGCGAAUCUGCCGUGUCUGGAGCUCGCUUCUCGUUAGACAGUGCAGAGGACCGGGACGUUGGCGUUAAUAGCAUCCAAAGCUAUACCCUGAAACCAGUAAAUCAUUUCACUCUAGAGUUACAUAGCCUAACUGACGGCGGGAAAUAUGUCGAGAUGAUUUUGCAAAAUCCGUUAGAUAGAGAGAGACAGGAGGAAUUUACGCUGUUGCUUAUAGCAAACGAUGGGGGUGAUCCUCAAAAAUCUGGCACUCUUCAUAUCCAUGUAAUUGUAAUAGAUGCCAAUGAUAAUGCCCCCGUUUGCAGCCAGUCUGUUUAUAAAGCAGAUAUCAAAGAAAAUUCCCCAAUAGGAACCUUUAUAACAACUGUAAGCGCUGCUGAUGCUGAUAGUGGGUCGUACGGGAAAGUGUCCUAUUCUAUUGCCCAUGUAAGCAGAGAAGCGAAUGGUCUAUUUCAGAUGAAUGCGGAAACGGGGGAGAUAACAGUGUCAGCCCAGUUAGAUUAUGAAAAGGAGAAAAACUACCAAUUAAAUGUAAAAGCAAGAGACCAUGGUGGUCUUACCAAUACAUGUAAAGUUGUUAUUGAAAUUUUUGAUGAGAAUGAUAAUUUUCCAACAAUACAACUGAUGUCUUUUUCCAAUACCAUAGCAGAGAAUUCCCCUCCUGGAACAGCCGUGAUAAAUGUAGAGGAUGCAGAUGCUGGAAAGAACGGCGUGGUGCACUGUUCUAUAAACCCAGAUAUGCCAUUCAAAAUUGAGUCGUCAAUGACCGACUAUUAUAGCUUAGAUGGCAUCCUCGACCGAAAAUCGAUUUCAGAAUACAACGUCACCAUAAAUGUAUCAGACGACGGGACACCGAUUCUCUUCAGUAAUAAAACAGUGACAGUGAAAGUGACAGAUGUCAAUGACAACCCACCGGCCUUUGACCACUGUGUCUAUGAGGCAUUUGUACAGGAGAACAAUUCGCCGGGGGUCUCCAUAUUCACUAUCAGAGCGAGUGAUGCUGACUCUGGUCAAAAUGCGCGCUUGUCCUACUACCUGGAGGACAGUGAGAUAAAUGGGGUACAUGUCUCUUCACUGGUCUCGGUAAAUUCAGAGAAUGGGGUUAUUCACGCGGUGCGCUCAUUUGAUUAUGAGCAACUUAAACAGUUUCAUUUUAAUAUAACCGCGCGAGACGGAGGGUCCCCGCCCUUCAGUGAAACUGUUACUGUACAUAUUUCUAUCCAAGACCAGAACGAUAACGCGCCCCAGGUUCUCUUCCCAGUACAGACGAGUAGCUCUCUGGUGGCUGAAAUGGUGCCUCGUUCAGCAGAUGUGGGAUAUCUUGUCACUAAAGUGGUGGCUGUUGAUGUGGACUCUGGACAGAAUGCCUGGCUCUCAUAUAAACUGCAGAAAGCGUCAGACAGGGCGCUGUUUGAAGUAGGCCUACAGAAUGGAGAAAUAAGAACCAUACGCCAGGUCACUGAUAAAGAUGCUGUGAAACAAAAGCUCACUGUUGUAGCGGCGGACAACGGGCAGCCCUCUCGAUCAGCUACUGUCAAUGUGAACGUGGCGGUGGCGGACAGCUUCCCUGAAGUGAUCUCAGAAUUCAGUGACUUUACGCAUGACAAAGAAUACCACGAUCACUUUACUUUUUAUUUAAUUUUGGCAUUGGCUGUCAUGUCUUUUCUCUUCAUCUCGUGUGUAGUGGUUAUAAUAUCAGUUAAGAUUUACAGAUGGAGACAAUUUCGCAACUUCCACCACUCCAAUCUCCCAGUUAUUCCAUGUUAUCCACCCCGUUACGCAGACGCUGGAGGGACAGGCACUCUGCAACACGUGUACAACUAUGAGGUGUGCAUGACGACUGACUCGAAGAAGAAUGACUGUAAAUUCGCCAGACCUUUUAGUCAGAACGUUUUAAUAAUGGACCCGAGCUCUACUAUGACCAGAGACAAUGCGACCUUGCAACGUUCUCAGAAUGAGAAAAGCUUUCUGGAUGACCCGGAUUCUCCUGAGCAGACCGUUUGUGGUCAAAUUCGCUAUUCUAUUCCCGAGGAAUUGAAGAAAGGAUAUUUUGUUAGGAAUAUUGCGCAGGAUUUAGGGUUAAAUGUGGGACGACUGAGAGCAGGCAGGGCUCGUAUCGUCACCGGAGACAGCAUUCAGUACACAGAGCUGAAGACAGAUAACGGGGUAUUGGUCGUCAGCGAGAGGAUUGACCGAGAGCAGCUCUGUGGUGUUACUCCAUGUAGCUUUACUUUCGAAAUAAUCUUAGAGAACCCGAUUGAACUUCACAGUGUCACUGUGGAAAUUUUGGAUGUCAAUGAUCACUCACCGAUAUUUAAAAAACAAGAGAUCAAAUUGGGAAUCAGUGAGUCUGCUGCACCGGGAGCGCGCUUUGUUUUGGGGAGCGCCGAGGACCCUGAUGUUGGAAUAAACGCUCUUCAGAAUUACAUAUUAACUCCUAAUGAUAACUUCAUCCUGAAACAACAUACUCGACCUGCCGGGCUGAAAUAUGCAGAGAUGGUGCUUCAGAAGCCGUUGGACAGAGAGCAAGAGCCCCGUAUCUCUCUUACCUUAACUGCAGUCGAUGGUGGAAAUCCACAGAGAUCUGGGUCUGUAAAUAUUGAGGUUACUAUUUUAGAUGCUAAUGAUAAUGCGCCUGUGUUUAACCAGUCAGUCUAUAGAGCAACUGUUAUGGAAAAUGCGUCCAUAGGCACAUACAUCACUACCGUUAAUGCCAGUGACUCAGAUAGCGGAUCGAAUGGACUGAUAACAUAUUCAUUUUCCAACAUGAACGGUAAAGUGGCCGAUGUGUUUAGUGUGGAUGAGAACACUGGAACUAUAUAUGUUGUUGGGCAGCUAGAUCACGAAAAAACGAAAAAGUAUGACAUUGGCGUCGAGGCCAAAGACCAAGGUGGUCUAGCAGAUUCUAGUAAGGUUAUAGUUGAAGUACUUGAUGUUAAUGAUAAUGCACCUGUGAUAAAUGUUAUGUCUUUCUCAAAUCCUGUGACUGAAGACGCACCGGUCGGUACGACAAUAGCAGUUAUCAAUGUCAAGGACAUAGACUCAGAAUCGAACGGUCAGGUGACAUGUAACAUCAAUCAAAAACGUCAGUUUAAGAUCAUGUCUUCUCUUACUAAUUACUACACCUUGGUGACCGAUUCUGCUUUCGACCGAGAAACGAUUUCUGAAUAUAAUAUCACAAUAAAAGCGACCGAUUCUGGCUUCCCACCCCUCUCAAGUAACAAAACAGUUGUUCUUAAGAUUUCUGAUGUUAAUGACAACGCCCCUGUGUUUGAUCAGAGUGAAUACUCCACAUUCAUCAUGGAAAAGAACUCUCCGGUGAUAUCUAUAUGUACAGUGAGCGCCGCUGACUCUGAUUGGAAUCACAAUGCACGGAUAUCUUACCUUUUGGAGGAGACGCAGAUAGUUGGAGCCCCUGUGUCAUCGUACAUUUCUGUUUAUUCUGAGACAGGAGUGUUGUAUGCUGUACGGUCCUUUGAUUAUGAACGAAUUAAAGAGUUUAGAGUUCAUGUCAAAGCACAAGAUGGAGGCUCACCGCCCCUGAGCACCAAUGUGACUUUAACUGUUUUUAUCAAAGACGAGAACGACAACGCUCCUCAGGUUCUCUACCCAGUACAGACUAUUAGCUCUCUGGUGGCUGAAAUGGUGCCUCGUUCAGCAGAUGUGGGCUAUCUUGUCACUAAAGUGGUGGCUGUUGAUGUGGACUCUGGACAGAAUGCCUGGCUCUCAUAUAAACUGCAGAAAGCGACAGACAGGGCGCUGUUUGAAGUAGGCCUACAGAAUGGAGAAAUAAGAACCAUACGCCAGGUCACUGAUAAAGAUGCUGUGAAACAAAAACUCACUGUUGUAGUGGCGGAUAACGGGCAGCCCUCUCGAUCAGCUACAGUCAAUGUGAACGUGGCAGUGGCGGACAGCUUCCCUGAAGUGCUCUCAGAAUACCCUGACUUUACGCACGACAAGGAAUACAAUGAUAACCUGACUUUUUAUUUAAUUUUGGCACUUGUUGUGGUUUCACUGCUUUUUAUUUUUUCAAUUAUUGGUAUAAUUUCUGUGAAGAUCUACCGGUGGAAACAGAAAAAAUUAUUCUAUAAAUCUGCAGCAAACCUCCCCGUUAUCCCAUAUUACCCUCCCGUUUUCCCAGACGGGACCCUGGGAACCCUACAGCGUGUAUACAACUAUGAGGUGUGGGGAACCACUGACUCUAGGAUGAGUAAUGUGAAGUUUGCGAGGCCUUAUAGCCAGAACACACUGGUGGACGUGAGUCGCAUGGGGACAAUGCAGAGUGAAAUGAGAGAUCAGACGGAUGCUGAUAUCGAUGGAGAGAAACGCACAGAAGCACAGUAA